GGUGGGACCUUGGCCUUCUAUGUGCCUGUCUGUUAAAUGGGAAUUACGGUGAUCGCGGGCUGUUGCUGCCGGGACGAAUGGAGAUGGCAGACGAUCAGGGCAGUGUUGGGGAGCAGGGAGCUGGGGAUCCGGCAAGUAAAGAUACAACUGAUGCCAAGCCAGAACGGUUCUCAUUUGUUUAGAGGAGCCGAGCAGCCAGACUCCGGCACAAUGUAUGGUAAUUCCAGUAAGAAGAAAAAUGGCUCAACACAAUCAGCCAAGACCACCCGAGACCGAGUGGCUACGUAUCAGUAUGACAUGAAUUUUGAGAAGGUGGGCAAGUGCAUCAUAAUCAACAACAAGAACUUUGAUCAAGGGACAGGUAUGGGCGUCCGAAAUGGAACAGACAAAGAUGCAGAGGCCCUUGUGAAGUGCUUCCGCAACCUGGGGUUUGAGGUGGUUGUCUAUAAUGACUGCUCUUGUGCCAAGAUGCAAGACUUGCUUAAAAAGGCUUCUGAAGAAGACCAUACAAACUCAGCCUGCUUUGCCUGCAUCUUAUUAAGCCAUGGAGAAGAAAAUGUAAUUUAUGGGAAAGAUGGAAUGACACCAAUAAAGGAUUUGACAGCCUAUUUUAGGGGGGACAGAUGCAAAACCCUUUUAGAGAAACCCAAACUCUUCUUUAUUCAGGCUUGCCGAGGGACAGAGCUCGAUGAUGGGAUCGAGGUUGAUUCAGGGCCCAUCAGUGAAAGAGACGCUCAUCCCCGACAUAAAAUCCCAGUUGAAGCCGACUUUCUCUUCGCUUAUUCCACAGUUCCAGGCUAUUACUCAUGGAGGAGUCCAGGAAGAGGCUCUUGGUUUGUGCAGGCCCUCUGUACCGUCCUGGACGAGCACGGGAAAGAUCUAGAGAUCAUGCAGAUCCUCACCAGGGUGAACAACCUGGUGGCCAGCCACUUUGAAUCUCAGUCCGAUGAUCCACUCUUCAACAAGAAGAAGCAGAUCCCAUGUGUGGUCUCCAUGCUCACCAAAGAACUCUACUUCUGUCAGUAACCAUCCCAGGGGUGCAUUCAAGCUGAGAAGCUAUGCAUCAUUCAUUGAUAAAUCAGAUUUUUUUUGUUGUUUUUUUUUACGCUCUUGAAAUAUCCGGGAAUUCUAUAGGAUUUUGAUUUCAGGGAAAUGUAUUAAUUCAACAGGGAAGAAACUUUCUGGUGCUGUCUUAUGUUCUCUGAAUUUUCAGAGACCUUUUUUACCUUGUUAUUCAUGACUUUGUAAUUUCCUCUUAAGAUUAAUUUUGUUUGUAUUUUUUUCACCUAGUUAUCACACUUAGUACAUGCAACAAAAAUGACCUCUGCAGAAGACCUUUGUCUGUGUCUACUGUAAUCAAUGGUGACGUUGGUAAAGUCAGAGUCAUAUUUGCACUUGGCAAAGAGAAUCCCAGUGCUUGACAGAAAACAACCAAGGGUAUUUGUUGUCCUGUAUUGCAGAAAGUGGGUAUUGCAUGUGGUUUGAAUGCUUUUUCAUUGGCUUAGGGCAGAUUCUCAUGAAAAAAUUCCCAGAUAAGUUAGAGGAGAAAAAAGUUUAAUGAUUCUAAUAUGUAUCAAUCAGGAUCCAGUCUGAAAAACAGAAACCAUUCUAAGUGUUUCAGUAGAGGGAAUUUAAUACAGGAAAUUGACUUAUGUAGAUGAUAGAAAAGAAGCCAGAUAGCUGGAAACCACACCUCAGGCUAUGAGGAUAAUGGGAAGAGGUGUGGUUUCCUGAGUCCAGAAGCUGGGAUCAUCCACAGGAGGUGGAACCAUGGUGGGCACUGCUUGGUGGGAGCCAAGACCACCCAAGAAUUGUGGAAAAUGGAGCCAUGGGAAGGAUAAAGCCACUGCCUGAGAUGGAGACAAGGCCUUGCCUCUCCUACUCUAGAGUCUUCCAUCAGUACCUUACCACUUCAGUCCUACCUGGAAGCCAGAUGGCAAGGGUCCUAAGAAGUGUGAUUUCCUGAGAUGCAGAGCAGAGCAAGGGAUAGUGAGGUAGGGGAUGAGCAAGAAGUGGAUGUAAGCCUGGCCCAUAAUGUGAACAUAAGUAAUCACAUUCCCUGAUGUUCAACAGUUCACCCAUUCAUUCAUUUAUUCAUUGAGCUGUCAGAUAAUCUACAUAUAUAUAAAACAAUCUGUUUUAGCUUUAUGUGUAAAAUAAUCUGUUAUAGCUUUAAAAUGUAUCUGGAAGUGUUUAGAUUAUUCCAAUUUUUUGUUACCUCUAAUUCUGUAAGUGGGGUAGAGUUUAUGGGAAAGAUUUUUGGCACUUCGUUUUCAAGGUAGUGUUACCUUUCGAAUUCUUAAUUACUUAUUAUUUUUUCUGCCUAGUAACUGGUUAACAAACAAAUGUUCUUCUUUAUUGAUGAAAAUGUGGUGCUUAAUUCCUAACUAGCUCGGUGUACUUUUCUUUUGAAGUUAUUUGUGGCACUGGGGAAAUGAUAAAACAGGAUAAGAACUGACCCUACUGACUUGGUCUCCACACAAAAUAUAAUGCAUAAUUUUCUUUUGAAUCUGGAACACUAAUAAAAUAACUAAAUAAUCACUUGUGAAGCUGAGACUCUUCACAUAAAGAGUUAAUCAUCAUAUAAAGCUGUUUGUGAUGAGCUGCCAUUUAUUAAUUUGACAACAAAAUCAGAUGGUGUAAAAGUAACUUCUUUCAAAUAAAAAAACUAAUUUAGGGCCAGUUUAUUAGACUUGUCCCUGGUUUCCUGCCAUCUAAAAUACACCAAAUGUUGAAAAUUUAAGUGGAGAUCAAGAAUCAACAAGCAUCUACCUACUGUUCCCAGAAUUCACAGUCUGUUCUUUGGAAAGUGUCAAAGAAUAAGUGUGCCUAAGUGCAUUGCAAUUUGAAAUAAAAAUCAUAUCAUAUUCCA